AUGGCAGAAGAGUGUUCGGUGUCAGCUUCGGAUCCGGACUGCGGCGUCAACUCGAUGGUGAAUUUCACGUUGUCAGAAAACAGCGGACCGUUCUCCAUCAAAUCGGCCACGGGCGAAAUAUGUUUGGCUAAACCGUUGGACUACGAGACCCGAAAGCUGUACGAAUUCCCGGUGGUAGCCACGGACAGGGGUGGCCUGAGUACGAGUGCCGUGGUUAAAUUGGACGUGCAGGACGUCAACGACAACUGGCCAGUAUUCUCGCCCUCCGAGUACAACGUGUCCAUAGUGUGGAGCCACCGUGAACAGGGACCAAUUGUAACGGUUCGUGCCAAGGACUUAGAUUCCGGAUCAUUCGGCGUUGUUUCCUACUAUUUGAUAUCGGCUAAAGGACCGGACAGCGAGGAUGCGGAUACCUCGUUUCGGUUGGACGCCAACACCGGCGAGAUAUGGGCCGCUCAACUGCGGCCGGGCGUCUACCGGCUGCUGGUGGCCGCCAGAGACGGUAGCGGGUACGAAGCCGCUCAAGUGGCCCAAGUUCGGAUUGCCGUGCUUACUGCAGACGCUGCUAAACCGUACGCGGUGUUUGUCAAGUCGCAGUACUCGUUCGUGGUGCCGGAAGACGCACCAGUCGGCACCACCGUCGGUACCGUCGCUGUGUCACCCAACCAAUCAGGUUUGGACGACCCGGACUCUCUGAGGUACGCCAUACAUUCGGACGAGGAGGCGGUCGGAUAUUUCGCCAUAGACCCCGUGAAAGGAGUGAUCAAGACCACGGCCGUGUUGGAUCACGAAUUGUUCGAAUCGGUCCUGCUCAACGUCAGAGCCUAUUCGGAUUCGAACAAAUACUACGGAGCACACACUCAGGUGAACGUGUUGAUCGAGGACGAGAACGACAAUUCGCCGCGUUUCGACUCGAGCUCCGUGCGAAUCGCCGUGCCGGAAAACGUGGCCACGGGGUCGCCGGUGUACACGGCGCACGCCACCGACCCGGACUCCGGAGCCAACGGCCGGGUGCACUACGAGCUGAUCACGUCCACGCAGGAACCGUCGUACUUCCAGGUGGACCACAACCGCGGCACGAUCAGCCUGAUCCAUGGGCUGGACUACGAGACGGUGCACCGGCUGACGGUGACGGUGAUCGCCAGGGACUCGGGCACGCCGCCGCUGUCCGACAACAUGACGCUGGUCGUGGACGUGCAGGACAUCAACGACAACCCACCCGUGUUCGAGCGGCCGCAUUACGCGGCCACCGUGUUGGAAUCUCUGCCGGUCAACUCGCAGAUCGUGCAGGUGACGGCAUUGGACGGCGACAGCGGUAACAACGCUCGCAUCACGUACCACGUGUCAGGAGGUGACAGUGACGGAUCAUUGGAUGUGCAUCCCACCACGGGAUGGGUAUAUGUCAAGGGCCCGUUGGACAGGGAGACGCAGGACACGUACGAGCUUACGGUGGUGGCUGCGGACAACGGGUCUCCGGGCCCACUCGCUGCUACGGUGGUCGUUGUGGUCACCGUGGCCGACGUCAACGACAACGACCCGGAGUUCGACAGGGAGCACUACGAGUUCCACGUGGAAGAAAACCGACCAGCGGGAACGGUGUUCGGCGCCGUGUCCGCUACGGACAGGGACGCCGGUGACAACGCUCUCGUCCGGUACUCGCUGAUUCCGACCAACUCCAGUUUCAACAUCAACUUGUACUCCGGUGAGCUGAGCACCAAGGAACCGUUGGACCGAGAAACCCGAGCCUGGCACGAAGUGAUCGUUGAGGCCAGGGAUCAGGACGGAGGGAUCAGAGGUCGUAGCAAACGCGUGAAGGUCAAGGUAGCCGUGACGGACGUCAACGACAACGCACCCGUCAUCGUGGACCCGCAACAGGACGUGGUGGCGGUUCGUGAACAGCAACCGCCCGGCGUAGAGGUAGUCACCGUCAAGGCGACUGACCCAGACCAGGGUAACAACGCUACGCUCACGUAUUCCAUACUUAAAGGUCGCGAUUCGGACGGCAACGGUGAAUUCUUUAUCGACCGCGUCACUGGUGUAAUCAGAACAAAAGUGUCGCUGGACCACGAGGAAAAAUCCAUGUACAGGCUCUCGGUGGCGGCGACGGAUAACGGACAUCCGCCCAAACAGACAAUUCGCAUGCUAAGGGUUGAGGUGCUCGACUUGAACGACAACAGACCCAUGUUUACCAGUUCCAGCCUCGUAUUUCAGGUGAAAGAAGACGGGAGCCGCGGCCAGGUGAAGUACACGCUCAGGCAUUCGGACGCGAACCAGCAGAUGUUCGACCUGGACAGGAGCACGGGCGCGCUGAUCGUGGCCGGCCGCGUGGACCGCGAGACCAAGUCGGUGUACGAGAUGGAGGUGCACGCGCUGGACACGGGCGCCAGCACGAACCCGCAGAGCAGCUCUGUGUCGGUGCGCGUCGAGGUGCUGGACGUGAACGACAACGCGCCCCGGUGGCCGGAGGACCCGGUGACCGUGGCCGUGGCCGAGGACGCGGUGGUCGGCUCGGUGGUGUACAACUUCACGGCGUCGGACGCGGACGCGGACGCCAACGCGGAGUUAAGGUACACGGUGGUGCAGCAGGGCCCGACGGCGGCGACGGCGUUCUCGUUGGACCCGCUGACGGGUAUGCUCACGCUGGUCGAGCCGCUGGACUUCGAGACGACGCGCGACUACGUGAUCGUGGUCCGGGCCACCGACCAGGCGGCCAACGCGUCCGAGCGGCUGUUCGCCGACGUGACGGCCAGGAUAGCGGUGCAGGACGUCAACGACAACGGGCCACGGGUCGUGUCGCCCGCGUUCGGCACGCUGUACGUGGACGGGUCCACGCGGCCCGGCGACUGGCUGUUGAACGUGGUGGCCGUGGACCGGGACGCCGGUGACAACGGCCGGUGCGCGUACACGAUCGGCGCGGGCAACGACAAGGGCACGUUCGGCAUCGGGUACGACACGGGCGCGCUUGUGCUGGCCGCGUUCCCGGACACCGUCAGAAAGUACGUGCUGAACAUCACGGUGGCGGACAGGGGCACGCCGGCCCGGCACACGUAUCUGGCGCUCGAGGUGGCGUUCACGGCGAGCGCGGAACAGUCGGUGCAGUUCUCCCAAAAGCUGUACUCAGCCAACGUUUCCGAGGACGCGCCCGUCGGCAGUUUCGUCGCCAAAGUCACCGCCAACUCCAAUGACAAUCGGAUUUCGUAUAGCAUACCGGAAGGUGUGGCCGAAAACUGUUUUCGCGUGGACAAAGACCGCGGAAUCGUGACCUUGCAAAACCGAAUCGACCGGGAACGCACGUCUCACUACGUAUUGCCCGUGUACGCGACGGACGAGGUGAAGUCGACCAUGGAUGUGGUGACGCUAGAGGUGGGCGUGUUGGAUGUGAACGACCACAGUCCCAAAUUCAAGCACGACUCGUGUCACACGUUAAUUGUGCCCGAGAACCAAGACACUUCGGUGAUCCGUACCGUUGUAGCCGUGGACCCGGACUGGGGCGCUAACGGUCAGGUGGUGUACAACAUUAUCGGGGGUAACGGAGGCAACAAGUUCCAUUUGGAUCCCAAAACGGGCGAGCUGACGGCCAAGAUGCUGAACCGGGAGGUACAGGCCAAAUACCAACUGCAGAUAACCGCUCAGAACCGUGGUAGCACCACAGCGGGUCACUGCAAUCUGACCGUCAUGGUGGACGACGAGAACGACAACGAUCCAAACUUCGAGCAGAGCAAAUACGAAGCGGUGCUAUUGGAAGACGUACCGCCUGGCACUAAGGUGCUAACCGCAAGAGCGCAUGAUGCAGACGUGGGCGUGAACGCCAAAAUAACCUACUCGCUGUCCAAUCAAACGGAAAACAUUUUCCAGAUCGACAACAAAACCGGAGUCAUCUUCACCGUUGGAAAUUUGGAUCGAGAAAAACAACCGAACUAUUGGCUGCAAGUCGUGGCCAGAGACGGCGGAAAGUAUAAUCCGCGAUCUUCUACGACACUCGUGUACGUCAAAGUGCUGGACGUGAACGACAACGUGCCGAUAUUCACGAAAUAUCCGUUCACUGCCGAAAUACCGUCACACAUACAACCGGGAAUAGAUAUCGUCCGAGUGUCGACGACCGACAAGGACGAAGGUUCCAACGCGGAUGUGUUGUACUCGUUUAGGGAAAACCAAGGAGCCGCCAACAAGUUCCGAAUCAACCACAACACGGGUGUGGUGACAGCUUCUUCAAGUCUGGCUUCGGACAAUGGUCAAGUGUUUCACUUGGAAGUGAUCGCAACGGACAAAGGAAACCCGCCUCAGAGCUCGUCCGGACUGUUGGAGAUAAAGAUCGGCGACAACUUCGAUCGGAUCCCGCUGAUGCGUUUCAAGAACUCCACGUACCACGUGACGAUACCGGAAAACUUGGAACAAAACAAAAACGUACUCGAGAUUUCGGCGUUCCGUAGCGAUGGUCGGAAACAAAAAGUCUUUUACAAAUUGGCUCCGGUCAACAACGAAAACGGACUGUUUUAUAUCGACGAAGAUACCGGCGUGAUACACGUGGGCAAAUCGGAAGGUUUGGACUUUGAGACGUACAAACUGGGCAUACAUUUGGUCGCCAUCGCACAAACCGACGCGCCAGCCUCCGUGAUCAUGUGGGGCUACGCGGACGUAUGGGUGCACUUGUCCGACGUGAACGACAACAGCCCGGUGUUCACGCAAAAGGAGUACACGGCCACGGUGGCCGAGGGCAACCCCAAGGGCGCGUUCGUCAUCAAAGUGACGGCGAUCGACCUGGACGACAACGAGAACUCCCGGCUGUCGUACCAUUUGGUCGACGGGAACCACGACAACGCUUUCGUCGUCGACCCGACGGACUCCGGCAUAGUGAAAACGAACAUCGUGUUGGACAGCGAGAUCAGAGAUACGUACAAGUUGACCGUGAUAGCGACCGACGAGGGCACGCCCCAGAUGACAGGAAUGGCCACGAUCCGGGUGAUCGUAAUCGACAUCAACGACAACCGGCCUUCCUUCCCGCCGCAGAUGACCAUCAACGUCAAAGAAGGUUUGGAAGUCGGAAGUAUGAUAACGACAGUGGUCGCCAACGACGUGGACACGUAUCCGACGCUGACUUACUCUUGGGCGCUGUCCGUGGGACAGAUGGACCGGAAGCUGUUCGCGUUGGACCGGUACAGCGGACGCGUUUCGCUGAUCGGUAGUUUGGACUACGAACAGACCCGCGCGUACCGUUUAGGCAUAGUUGUGUCGGACUCGGAACACACGGCGUCCACCGAACUGUCCGUCGUGGUAACCGACGACAACGACAACCCUCCGGUUUUCGACCGUCCGUAUUACACGUUCACGAUGACAGAAAACGUUUAUGGAGAAUCAUCAAUGCAAGUGGUCGCGAAAGACUUGGACUCCGGACUCAACGGAAAGAUAAAAUACGCUUUAUCAAACGACUUGAGUGGGUUCAGAAUCGACCAGCAAACCGGUGUCAUUACUGCGAACCGGCUAAAGUUCGAUCAAAAACUAAUACAAAAGGGCAUCGUCGAUUUGUUGGUAACUGCUACGGACCAAGGAACUCCCGCUCUUUCUACAAUUGUCGCGGUUCGCGCGAACGUACACAACACGAUGCAUUCUAAAACAGUGAAAUUCGCUCAAAAUGAAUUCAGAGUAUCGGUUCGGGAAGAUAUUGUUUUGGGAGAACCGUUUUUGAAACUGUUGCCCAGCUACUCGAUGGACAGCUCGGUACAUUUCAAUAUCGUCGAAGGUGAUGAAGACAAAAAUUUCGAUCUUAUAAGUCCGACAGGUGAGCUUUUCGUGAAAAAGCACCUAGACCGAGAAACUCGUGACAUAUAUUCGCUAAAAAUUACCGAUAGCGGCAACAGUUCUUACGUGUUCGUCCACGUGAUCGUUGACGACGCAAAUGACAACGCUCCCAAGUUUACGACUGACGUUCAACAAAGUCUUUCUUUACCGGAAAACGCGCCAAUCGGACACUCUGUUAUCCGGCUGAUGGCCGACGACUUGGACACGCCGCCGAACUCAGAUAUUUCAUACGAGAUAACUUCGGGCAACAGCAAAAAUUAUUUCAACAUAGACCGCAACACCGGCGAUAUCUCCGUGAAAUCUAUUCUGGAUUGCGACUUGGACGUUGCCGAACACAAUCUGGUGGUAAAAGCUCAGGACGGUGCGAUAUCACCGGACCGUCCGUUGGCCACGAUCAAGUUGGUCAAAAUACUGUUGGAAGACGUGAACGACAAUGCCCCGAAGUUCCCCGUCUCGGAGUACUUGGAGUUUGUGGGCGAAAACGAGCCGGUCGGAGCGCUGGUCUUCACGGCCAAGGCGAUGGAUGCCGACCGUGGCUAUUACGGACAACUCAACUAUUCGAUCGCGUCGUCGGCCAGUUAUUCGGGUGCGGACGAUUCGUGGAAAAUGUUCAAAAUAGACCCGUCGUCGGGUCUGGUGACCACGAACGCGGUGUUCGACUACGAGACGAGGAGCCGGUACACGUUUACGAUAAUCGCCAGCGACGCGGGUGACAAGACGACCAAGGUGAGGGUAAAAAUCGAGAUCGAGGGUAAGGACGAGUUCGCGCCGCAGUUCAUCGAGCGCACAUUCAAAUUCAUGGUCAACACGGUCGACUUGCCCGUGGGCUACGUGAUCGGGUACGUGUCGGCCACGGACAGAGAUAAGGGACCGGAGGGCCGGGUGGUGUACCACCUGACCACGCAGAAUGCGUACUUCAAAGUGAACCGGACCACAGGGGCGAUAAUGGUGAAAAAGAAAAUCGACAGCAACUUCGACGCGACGCAGGACAUCAGCUUAGUGGUGACGGCCAGUUCGGGUAAACAGGGAUCGCUGACCAACGUGAGCGUGGUCGAGAUAUCAUUCGACCCGCUAUCCCAACCGGGUCUGAAUAUGGCCAGCAGCAGUUCGGGCGGCCAGGGGGCGACCGGCGGGCCGGGCAACAGCAGCAGCGGCCUGUUGGACUGGAUCAUCGGCGUGCUGUCGCUGGUGCUGCUGGUCGCUCUGCUGAUGGGCGGCAUAAUGUUCUACUUCCAUCUGAAGAACAAGCAACACCGGAACAUUAACAAGCCGGAACUGAGCGGACACCAGCGGACGGACAACACGUACGUGGACCCGGGCGCGUUCGACACGAUACCGAUACGCGGCGUGGGCAACACGCAGGUAGUGGGCCAGUUCGCGCCGCCCAAGUACGACGAGAUACCCACGUACCGGAAUAACAGCAGCACUAACUCGGGGGCGGCGACCACGUCGGACCUGUCGGGCUCGGAGAAGUCGGGCUCGAGCGGUCGGGGGUCGGCCGAGGACGACGUGGAAGACGAGGAGAUCCGGAUGAUCAACGAGCGGCAGAACGCGGACCAGCUGUCCGAGGUGACGGCGCGCAACACGCAGGAGUACUUGGCGCGGCUGGGCAUCGUAGACGCGCAGACGGUGGUGCCGCCGCACCUGCCCGAGGAGAACCGGCUGUCUUCCAGGCGCCGGCGCAGGCCGAUGGAGAACAUCGACAUGUACGACGAGGACGAGGCGACGGACGGUGACAUCACAAACAUGAUAUACGCCAAGCUCAGUGACGUGAGUAGCGAACGCGGUGCAGGGGGCGGCGGCGGGAAUAGCUUGGUCGGCGCCGUGGUGGUUGGAGGCAGCGGAAGCAGCAACGGUGGAGCGGGAGGCAGCGAGGAAGACGGCAGUGGCAGCGGCGGGGGCCCGGGCGGCGUCGGCGGCGGGGGCCCCGGCAGCAAGUCGUCCAACGCCGCCGUGUACGCGGGCUCGAAAGUGCCGCCGCCUCAGCCGUCCAUGGUGGGCUCGUUGAGUUCGAUCGUGCACAGCGAAGAAGAGCUGACCGGCAGCUACAACUGGGACUACCUGUUGGACUGGGGCCCGCAGUACCAGCCACUGGCACACGUGUUCAACGAGAUCGCUCGGCUGAAAGACGACACGAACUCGGUGAAGAGUUCCAACAGCGGCGCCGCGUCCACCACGGGCGGCGGCAGCGCCAAGAACAGCGGUUCGUCCGUCAAGAAAACCAAUAACGUUCCUAACCAGCAUCACCAACCGCAGCAGAAGAGCACGCCGCCGCCGCUGCUGACCAAUAUGGCGCCCAGGGCCCUGUCCUCGCGGCAGUCGACCGCCUCGCACCAUCACCACCACCACCACCAUCACCCGCACCACCAACAUCACCAGGCGCAGCCGCCCAUAUUGCUCGUGCCCCGGUCGCCGAUCAGCCACGAGUCCAACCCGGGCUUCAGCCAGUCGGUGGCCAUGUCGCCGUCGUUCUCGCCGUCGCUGUCGCCGCUGGCCAACCGGUCGCCGUCCAUAUCGCCACUGCACUCGGCCGCGUCCACGUCGGCCCGCCAGAGGCGCCAGACAGCGGAAACCGAACUCAGGCUGUGACCACCAGUGCCCUAAACGUUGUUCUCCACGUCCUACGGUGUUAGAUGACAAUUGUUAGUUAAAUUCCUCUUUCCGCGCGACGGCACACCGUUGUUUCGUGCGAAACACUAAUGUCGUCGUCGUCGUCGUCGUCGUCGUCGCGUUUUUCGCGGCUCCGUUUACCAUGUAAUAAAAUAGAUUAUUAUUAUUAUUAUUAUUAUUUGUACGUAUAGUUUUAAUCGUUCGUCAAUUCGAAACGGCGGUCAAAUCAAAGGCAAAUAUGUUUUAUAUUACGAAAUUGUGAUAUUAUUAUGAACGUUAUAAAUAUAUAUAUAUAUAUUAUAUAUGUACAAAAAGGACACAACAAUUAUAUGUUGUACGCGUACUGACUACCAAGCAUAGUGUUAAGUUUUAUUUUUCGUGAAAAUUGAAAUGUUUUCUCGGUUCAAAUUGUGUAACGGUCGGUCGUAUAAGUUUAAAACACCUUGCCAUAUUCGAAAUCAAAUCGUAUCAACGCCCGAGUGCGAUUUGCCCAAUUUUUUUGUGUUUGUGUGUCCACACGAACUUAAGUGUAAAUUAUUUUUAUAGUUUUUUUUUUUUUUUAUCAACACAAACACUAACUUUACACUGUGGCGAAUUAAAACUACCUAUAUUAUGUAUAAUUUUUAAUUUUAUAUUUGUAAAUUACCGAAUCGUGUAAAAAAUGACUGUAUAGUAUUACUGAACCGUUAGGUUUCGAAAACCCGAGUUACACACAUUUUCCUAUGUAUCUCGUGCCAUCGCGUCCACGGUCUUCAGCUAUAGAAUAUGUAUUUUGUACGAUAUAAUAUGUAAUUUCGUGUUAUUAUUAAUAGUUAAAAAUAUUUAUUCCUGCCAUUUACUUAAAUGCAAAGACUGUUUUCAAUAACUCUUCUUAUUUUUACAUAAAACUUUUUUUUUUUAUUAUUAUUAUUAUUGAUUUCCGAUAGGUACUUGAAAUUAUUACUUAUUGUAACUUUAUUUUUAAUAUUUUUAUUUUAGGAUGUACAAUCACGUUUUCAAAAAUAGCUAAUACUCCAAGACUAAAUAUAGUUUUUGUAAUUUGU